GUGGGAGGGAAGGAUCUAACGAAGACCGCCGUUUAUCCCGGUACUUUGGCACUGAAGGUUGCCGAGCUAAUGGAGGAGCACUUCGCGACCCUGAAGCCAAGAGCUUCUGUCAGCGAGCUGGAUAUGGAGCUGUGCGAUACCAAUGAUGCUGACAGCUCCGAUUCCGGCCUGGAGGGUUUGGUCG